CAAUUCAAUGAAGGAAAUGAUAGUAAUUUUCUCUUCUUAAUUUAAAUUCUACACCAAGGAAUAUCACACUUUCCCAUAAAUUAUCUCUUGUUUAAUUAAAACAAGCAAACUAAUUAGUACUGGACAUUGAACAGUGAUUGACCAACGCGCAUUUUAAUUAUUCAUCACACGUAUACACAGAGAAUCAGAAUUCUUUAAGCAGGAAAAGGAAGAAUACACAGCAAAAAUGGCAUACUCUGGUUAUUCGUCAGACACUUCAGAUACUGAUCAAAAUAAUUCACCACCACUACCACCACAAGAUGAAAAGACUAAGUCGAAGAUAAAACCUAAACGUCGUAAUAAUAAUAAUCGUAAACGAUUCGCUAGAAUGCGUAAAUCAUGGAGAUUUAUGAAAAUGAGAAAGUUAUGGGAAAGAGAUAUGUCUAAACAAAGAAGGAUAUCAGCACCAUUAAUGUCUAUCAAAGCAAACAAUAAACAAGAAUCUAUGACAGCAAGUUUACUCUUCAUAUUUGCAAUGGUUCAGUGUAUAUGUGGUUUUGUAUUACCGAUAUGUGAUUCAUUUGGCAUGAAAGGAGUUAAACCACGUGUCCACGGAGAUCAUAAAUACUAUUUAGAAAUAUUUCUAAUUUCACAGUAUUGUGGAGCAGUUCUUCUACUUGCCUAUUUACAACUUUUAAUACAAAUUGGAACGAAAAAGCAGGCGAAAUGUUCAGAUUCUAAUAAAUCCACAAAGUCAAAUAAUUCAUGUCAACUAGCAGAUAAUAAGAAUAUGAUUAUAAAUGAACGUCAUGAAUUGACUGUACCGAACUUAACAUUAAUACCAAGUGAUGUGAAUCAUUCACCGACAGCAAGUAAUUCUGAUAAAAUCUCUGAUAUUGAAUCGACAACAAGUGAAAGACAGUAUACACCAUUAAUUCAAUUUUAUAAUAAUAAAAAUGUCUACAUUUCAUGGCAUCCAGAAGGCAUGAAUUUAUACAUGCGUUUAGGUGCAGUUGGUUUUGGACUAGGUGUUAUGAUUCAUGAUGGUUUCAAUCUAUCUUCUGUCUGGGAAGUCAGUGCACCAAUAUGUCAUAGUAAAUUAUGGAUACCAAAACAUAUAAUCAGAAUAAUAUGGGUUCUGUGGCAAACAUACUUCGUGUUCAAAUAUCAUAGGGUUAUCUUUCAUAAACACAGAGUAGCAGUCCGUUUUGCCUAUGCACAUUUAGCUACAAUCAACUUUUGUCAUUGGCUUAAAGUUGUUGUCGGGGAAGUUGCACAGACAUUAAAAACAACUAAUCCAAGUCAUCCUAUUCAGAUGAUAAAACUUUCGACUGGAAAUCAUAAUUAUACACAUAAUUUAUUUACUCUUAAAAAUAGUCUAUCCAACACUGGUGAUACACUGAAGCAGCUGACAAAUGAUGAAAAUACUUCGAAUAUUUGUUUCAGUUCCUACAGUGUAAUACUUGGCCCAUUUUUAUUUCCACUAGCUAUUGAAUACAGUUUAAUUGCAGGAUCAUUCUUUUAUAAAAUGUUACAACGUGUCGACCGGAAUUUCCCUAAAACAUCCUAUCAUAUCAGCGAACGUCUUGGACAAAAUUCUCCAAGUCUGUUAAGUUCAUCACCACCAUCAACAGCUAAUAGUAUAAGUAAAAAUAUGUUUGGAAAAUUCAAUAGUCCAUUAUUAUUUCCAGAUGUUGAUGAUGAAGAAGUCGUGCUAGAUGAAUAUUUUCAUCGACAAUGCAGUAAACAUAUGACAUAUAAACCAGUAAUGGGGUGUAAAAUGUAUCUGCCUAUGCUUCAACAAAAUAAACUACCAAUAUUAAAUCAAGAUGCUGAAGAACCUUCAGAUGAUAAUCCCUCUCUAACAACAGACGAUAAUAAAAAAACAUCUACUGAUCGUAAAUCCUUAAAAUUAUACUCUGGUCAUCAAUGUCAUCGAUCACACUCGGGAUUAUUUCUCGGCAUUAUGCUACUAAUAGCUAGCAGCGUAUGCAUGGUAUUAUUCAUAGUACAUGGAAGUAAAGGUUCAAUGGAAUUUGCUUCAUUUAUAUACCAACAAUCAAGAAUCGCCUUAUCAUUCACUAGCCUACUAGCCUGUAUUAUGGCUAUACUACAAACGAAUCAAUUAAAAUUUCGACGAUUAGGUCAUGGUGAAAGUUUUGAGUAUAACCUGUUGACAGUUGGUUUAAUCGGUUGUAUCACUUAUCAUAUAUUUCUGUUUAUACCAGCCUUUGAAACUGUUCUACACAUUCUUUUAUUUAAAUCGAUUGAUUUAGAAGAUCAUGUAGACAUUGAAAAGGCUGAUGAUAAGACUAUUCAUCAAAAUUUAAAUGCAACAUAUAAUCAAACAAGAAUUGUUCAAAUAACUCCUAGUGAUAUCUACUAUAUAGCAUUAUUAUAUUCAGCAAAGUGUACAUUAGAAAUAUUUCAAGCUUUAUUACAAUUCUUUUUUAUUGUUGAGUCAUCAAGACGUAAAGUGUGUUGUUUAAAUCAGGCAUUAAUAAAACCUGGUCGUUCAGUCAUUGUAUUCUUGUUAAUAUGUAAUUUAGCCUUAUGGCUUGUGAAUACAUUUGAAGUGCGAAGAGCUGAAACACAAUUAUCCUUGUAUAUAAAAUAUUUCGGUGUACGUACAUGGUCUGUUAUUACCUAUUGUUUUAUUCCAUUGAUUAUCUUUUUUCGUUUUCAUUCUACUGUAUGCUUAGCUGAAUUAUGGACAAAAUUAUAUAAAUUAACAUGA